UCUCGACCACCGCCGACCGGCAAACUCCCCCCGUAUUUCGAAGCCCGCUGGUGUCGGUUUUCCUUCAGCAUUAUUGUUGCUUCCACUCCGCCUACCAGCGCCGCCCUCUCGACACCAUCGACACCAUGGGUGGCCAGACUCCCGCCCAGGAGCGCCCCAGGAGCGAUUACCCCCUGCGGGCGCCCAAACCUGUGGGCCAGAUGAUAUCCAACAUCUACCGGGACCGUAUCAACCAAUUCUAUUCUGGCGGCCAAUACGAGCAUCAAACCCUCCGCUCCAUGAUGAACGAGGCUGUCGUCUCGGGCGAGCCCCACGUCCAGCUCUCCGUGUGGCACGCCCCGGGUCAGACGAGGCCCACCUUCAAAGACGCUGUGUCCCAGGUGUUCAACCGGGUUACCGUGGGCGAGUGGUUUGGUCCCUCAUGGACCACGCACUGGUUCAAGGUUGUCCUGAAAGUCCCCGCAGAGCUGCGGGACAAGAGACUGCUUGAGUUUCACUGGGACUCCAACAGCGAGGGCUUGGUGUGGAACGAGCACGGCCAUCCGCUUCAGGGCCUGACUGGUGGCGGUGAGCGCGUCGAGUGGAUCCUGCCAGACUCGUUCCGCGACGGCAAGGAGCACACCAUCUACAUCGAGAUGGCCUGCAACGGCAUGUUCGGCAACGGAUCAGGGGACUCCAUCCAGCCUCCCGACCCGAACAGGUGGUUCCGACUCGACAAGGCCGAGAUUGUUGCCGUAGACCCGGAUGCUCGUCAGCUCUACAUCGAUAUAUGGAUCAUCGGGGAUGCCGCGAGAGAGUUCCCGCAGGAUUCCUGGGAGCAGCACAAGGCGCUCAAAGUCUGUAACGAGAUCAUCGACACGUUCGAGCUUGGCAACCGGGAGUCGCUGAAAGCAUGCCGCAAGCUCGCCGAGGACUACAUCGGCCACCAUGUCAACUCGGCCAAGGUAUACGACAGCGGCAAAGAACCGCUCGUUUUCGGCAUUGGCCACUGCCACAUCGACAGCUGCUGGCUGUGGCCGUUCGCCGAGACCAAACGCAAGGUUGCCCGCUCGUGGUCCAGCCAGUGCGAUCUGAUGGACCGCUACCCGGAGUACAACUUUGCCUGCUCCCAGGCCCAGCAGUACAAGUGGCUCAAGGAGCUGUACCCUUCUGCCUUUGACCGGGUCAAGAAGAAGGUCGCCGAGGGCCGCUUCCAUCCCAUUGGAGGCAGCUGGGUCGAGCACGAUACCAACAUGCCCAGCGGAGAGUCGCUGGUCCGUCAGUUUCUGUACGGUCAGCGCUUCUUCGAAAGCAACUUCGGGAAGCGCUGUCAGACGUUUUGGCUGCCCGAUACCUUCGGCUAUUCGAGCCAGCUGCCCCAGCUCUGCCGUUUGUCCGGCAUGACCCGGUUCCUCACGCAGAAACUGAGCUGGAACAACAUCAACCGCUUCCCCCAUACCACGUUCAACUGGGUUGCCCUUGACGGCUCCCAGGUGAUCUGCCACAUGCCUCCGUCCGAGACGUACACUGCCGAGGCCCAUUUCGGCGACGUCAAGCGCAGCAUGUCGCAGCACAAGUCCUUGGAUCAAGAUGCCACAUCACUGCUUGUUUUUGGCAAAGGUGACGGAGGCGGCGGUCCUACCUGGCAGCACCUUGAGAAGCUGCGCCGGUGCCGAGGUAUCAGCGACACCGUCGGCCUUUUGCCCCGUGUCCACAUGGGCAACUCGGUCGACGACUUUUUCGACAGACUCGAGCGCAAGGCGGCAUCGUUCGUGACCUGGUAUGGCGAGCUCUACUUCGAGUUGCACCGGGGGACCUACACCACUCAGUCAAACAAUAAGCGCAACAACCGCAGGGCCGAGGUGACGCUUCGAGAUCUAGAGCUCUUGGCCACCAUUGCGUCCAUCAAAGACAAAUCAUACACGUACCCGAAGAAGGACUUGGACGCCAUGUGGGAGACGGUGCUUCUUUGCCAGUUCCACGAUUGUCUCCCUGGCAGCUCAAUCGAGAUGGUUUAUCGUGACUCCGAUGAGAUGUAUGCCGAGGUCUUCAAGACUGCCCACAGACUAUUCAAGGAUAUUAUGAAGGUUUUGGGCGUCGCUGAAGUUCAGAGCACCACCGUGGCCGACGGAAUUGCGCUGAACACGUUGCCGUGGCACCGUAAGGAGGUGGUGGCCAUCUCUGAGCAUGACGCGGCUGUGGCCUGCGGAAAUGGCCCUUUGCUGAAGCUUCGCACCCUCAAAACAAGUGGUGACGAACCCCUGGUAUCACUUGAUCAAGUGUCCAAGGGCGUUUUUGUCCUGGCAAACGAGCAACUCAAGGUCAAGGUGGAAGCCGGCACGAUCACAUCGCUCUAUGAUAAGCUGGCCGAACGCGAACUCAUCCCGAAAGGGCACAAGGCCAACCAGUACGUUAUCUUUGACGACAAGCCGUUGUACUGGCAGGCCUGGGACGUCGAGGUCUACCACCUCGACACACGCAAGCCCCUGCCCUCCAGCGAAACCCAAGUGCACGAGAUCAAGAGUCACCGCGUCAGCGUUGUCACCCACACCAAGAUCAGCGACGCGUCCUCCAUCAAAACCAUCAUCAGCCUCUCGGCCGCGCUGCCCGGCCAGCAGUCCUACGUCGAGAUCUCGAGCGAGGUCGAAUGGCACGAGACGAUGAAGUUCCUGAAGGUCGAGUUCCCCGUCGACAUCCGCAACACCGAAGCCAGUUACGAAACCCAGUUCGGUAUCGUCAAGCGGCCCACCCACUACAACACGACCUGGGACAUGGCCAAGUUCGAAGUCUGCUCGCACCGCUUCGCCGAUCUCUCCGAGCACGGCUACGGCGUCUCCAUCCUCAACGACUCCAAGUACGGCUUCGCCACCGCGGGCAACGUCAUGCGCCUCUCCCUGCUGCGCAGCCCCAAGGCGCCCGACGCCCACGCCGACAUGGGCACCCACCACAUCCGCUGGGCCAUCCUGCCCCACCGCGGCGCCCUGUCGCACGUCACCGUCCGCAAGGCGUUCGAGUUCAACAACCCAAUCAAGCUGCUCUCCGCGCCCGCGGCCGCCCUGCAGCAGUUUACCCAACCGCCCGUGCACUUGACCGAGGACUCGAGCCCGGCGCUGGUGCUCGACACGGUCAAGCGCGGCGAGGACGACGAGGACAUCUCGACCGGCGAGCUGCCCGCCAAGCCGGGGCGCAGCGUCGUCCUGCGCAUCUACGACAGCCUCGGCGGCCGCGCCAGGGGCACCGUCGCCACGACCUGGCCCGUCAAGCGGGUGUGGAAGGUCAAUCUGCUCGAGGACGAGCUCGAGGAGGUGGUGUUCCGUGACGGGCGGUUUGCGGUCGACCUGCGGCCGUUCGAGGUCGCUUCGUUCAAGUUGGAGCUGGCGUAAGUCAGUCUGGGAGGGCGGCAGUGAAUUUUUUUUUUUUUUCUUUUUGGCCUCAAUACGGAGUUAUGUUGAGGUAAACAGUGGAGGGGAAGUGAUUUUUCUCCAUGUUGCUGGCGGCGCAGUAGCGGCAGGGACGACGGGAAGCGGUUUGCAGCGGUACCAUCAUGAACACAUAUGAGCAAGUAAACGAAUACGUC